ACAAAAGUUUUCAUAAUCGGCCGCGAGACUCGUCGAAAGAAGCUUUGCUCAGUUCAUCGACGUCUAACGCGUCUCGCGAUCGUACUCUAAAGUAAUUUCUUUUUUUUUUUUCAUACGAGUAACAAGUGUGUUCGAGGGCGGAUCUGAAUCGGUGCCAAAAGUCGACGUGCAAAGAUCUUUUUUGUCUUCUUUAAUUAACUUCGAAUCUUGAACAAUCGGCGAAAUCGACGAGCCAACUUUUCUCGUCAAAAAAAGUGACUAAACAUGUUGAAGAUCGGUUUCUUGGGCGGUGGCAAGAUGGCCCAGGCCCUUGCCAAGGGUUUCAUCAAAUCAGGCUUGACGAAAGGAGAACUCGUGCUGGCUAGCUGCGCGCAAGGAGACGACUUGAGCGUCAAAGGAUUCGAGGAGCUGCAAUCGAAGACGACUUUCUCGAAUUCCAGAGUGGCCGAGCACGGCGACGUGCUCGUGCUGGCCGUCAAGCCCCAAGUCGUGUCUCAAGUUCUGCCCCAGAUCGAGAACAGCAUCAAGGGCACGAAGAAGGUCCUCAUGUCCAUAGCCAUGGGCAUAUCGAUCAAAAAUCUCGAAGACAAUUUACCCGCUGGCACACCGAUCGUGCGAGUGAUGCCGAAUCUGCCGGCCGUCGUGGGCCAGGGCGCGAGCGUCUACGUGCGCGGCAGCCACGCCAGCCCCCAGGACCUGGAGCUGGCCCAGAAGCUGUUCUCGGCGGUCGGCAUCUGCGACGAGGUGCCCGAGGGCUGGAUCAACGCCGUGACGGCUCUGGCGGGCUCGGGGCCCGCCUACGUCUACAUGAUGAUCGAGUCGAUGGCCUCGGGCGCCAUCAAGAUGGGUCUGCCGCGCGAUCUCGCCUACAGGCUGGCCUCGCAGACGGUCCUGGGCGCCGGCACCAUGGCCAUGGAGCAGCAGGCGCAUCCGGCUCAGCUGAGGGACGACGUGUCGUCGCCGGCCGGUUCUACGAUUACGGCUAUACACGCGCUGGAAAAGGGCGGCUUUCGCGGCGCCGUGAUGGACGCCAUCGAGGCGGCGACUCUCAGAUGCGAUCAAUUUUCCAAAGUCAAGUAGUAGCUGAUAUAGCAAAUUAAAAGUGUCAUCGAACUUCGAUCGAAUUAGGUUUUUUUGGUGCUUAGGAAAUGAGACUCGAAUAAUGUGAUCUGUAAAUUAUGCCUUAUAUAAUUAAUUAACAAAUGGAUGGUGCUACAAAUUUUUAUACACUAUUUCGGAUAUUUCGAUACGUACUAGAUAAUAUUAUUAUAGAAUUAGAAACUAUUAUCGUUCCCAUAGCGGAGUAUUUUAUACAUGGCACUCAGGCAAAAUGCUAAUGUUUAUUCGUAAAUAUUAAAGCGUCGUUUUUCUCUCUCUAUUUUUUUAUGUAUAUCUAUAAUCUAAAUGUAAUUUUUAUAAUCGCGACUCGUCUACACGUACAUUAUGUGUACAGUAAUAGUGCUGUUAACGCGUUUUAUACAUAGAAAAUGUGCAAAAAUUACUACAAUAAAUUGAAAAAACUAUCGACUACUUAA